AUGGCCCAAGCAGUGGUCGAUGAGGAGGACUAUCCUUCCUGGAUCAAUGAUGACGUCUUCCGGAAGGCUCGCUUUCAAGGAGAUCCUCGAUACAACCGCUUCGUUAUUAUACGCACCGCUUAUGGCCCUGGAUCGGACCAGAAAUUCGAGCAUGCUCUUGAAAUUAUAAACAAUAUCGCCCAGCACUGGGUUGAAGGCGAAGUCGAAGGUGUCAAGUUCCUGAUUACCCGUGGCAAAGAAACGGACUUCCGAUAUAGGGAUGUCCCUGUCGAGGUUGACACGCGCCCAAACGAGGAAUUUGUACGCCGCUAUGAGAAUGACGUUGUGGAGGAUCAGAGUCUGGAAAACGCCUCUUUGGCUGCGGUGCGCGAAUAUUUCAAGACCUGGAUUGCAUCCAAGGGGGGCAGGUCGAACGUUGGGAAUACAAGAUAUGUUGCGUGCAUCAUGCUCGAUGCCGAGACCCUCUCUCAGCUUGCUACUGCGCCUAAGGGCUUUCCUCACGGAUGUGAUGUUUACAGCUCCUCAUACUGGGUUAAGAUGGUCGACGUGGAGCCAAAUCCUGACGAGGCGGUUUAUGUACGUGUGCGUGGAGCUGACGAUUUGAUAAAAUAUUGGUUUAUCCGGAACCUGAUCCGAAGCCAUGUGUUGACACACAGGAAAGAUCGCGAAUAUCCAGGAGUUCUUCACUUUGGCGACCCGCCGUCAGAAGGAUUUGAGGCAUUGGGGGGACCACCUCUUUCCUUGUUUUAG